AUGGAAUAUAGCCCAAGUUGCCACAGUCUGUAUGCCUUCUGGUCCGGCCCCGCGAAGAAGAAACUUCUCCUUGUGAGCAUCAUGUUCUUCGUCUGGGUCUACAUGCUGUACUCCUGCGUGGGCUACUGCUCCGGCGUGCCCAGCCUGGUGGUGGAGGGUUACCGGGGCAAGGAGACCGGCCCCGGGGUGGGGAAGAGGACAGAGACCGGCCGGUCGGACCUUGUGUCCAGGCUGCUGGCCAGCCCUCCGCAGCCCUGGGAGGAUGUGGAGAGCGACUACGACGAGCCGUCCAUCCGGACAGCAAUGUCCAGAGACCUGCUCCACAACGAGCCGGACGCGGACCGGGCCGAGGACUGGGAGGAGGCGCGCGCCGACGCGCACCGGGCGCCGGACCCCAGCGCCAUGUCCAGCUUCUCCAACGGCUCCGGGAGCAAGAAGCUGCCGCAGGCCAUCAUCAUCGGGGUGAAGAAGGGAGGGACGCGGGCCCUGCUGGAGUUUCUCCGGGUCCAUCCCGACAUCAGAGCCGUGGGAGCCGAGCCGCACUUCUUCGACCGCAACUACGAGAACGGGCUGGAGUGGUACAGGGAGCUGAUGCCGAAGACCCUGGAGGGCCAGAUCACCAUGGAGAAAACGCCCAGCUACUUCGUGACCAGAGAGGCUCCGGCCAGGAUCUCGGCCAUGUCCAGGGACACCAAGCUGAUCGUGGUGGUGCGGGACCCGGUCACCAGGGCCAUCUCCGACUACACGCAGACGCUGUCCAAGAAGCCCGACAUUCCCUCUUUCGAGAGCCUGACCUUCAAAAACAGGACUACGGGGCUCAUCGACACCUCGUGGAGCGCCAUCCAGAUCGGCAUCUACGCCAAGCACCUGGACAACUGGCUGCAGUACUUCCCCUCCGAGCAGAUCCUGUUCGUGAGCGGCGAGCGGCUGAUCAGCGACCCGGCCGGAGAGCUGGGCCGCGUGCAGGACUUCCUGGGCCUCAAGAGGAUCAUCACCGACAAACACUUCUACUUCAACCAGACCAAGGGGUUCCCGUGCCUGAAGAAGGCCGAGGGCAGCAGCAAGCCGCACUGCCUGGGCAAAACCAAAGGCCGGACCCACCCCAACAUCCACCCCGAGGUGGUGCAGAGGCUGCGGGACUUCUACCGGCCCUUCAACAUGAAGUUCUACCAGAUGACAGGACAUAACUUUGGUUGGGAGUGA